AUGCCUCCUCCCUCUCCUCCUCCCUCAGAACAGCCCCGCCACACAAUCAUCGCCGGCACCCCACAGCCCUCCCUCUCCUCCCCAACCUCGACCUUCCCCUCCAUCGACCCCUCCACCGGCAGCCGCAUAACCACAAUCCACACGUCCUCCCCCGCCGCCGUCGACGCCGCCGUCGCCGCCGCCAAGUCGGCCUUCCCGUCCUGGUCCGCGACCCCGCCCCCGGAGCGCGCCGCCGUGCUCCACCGCGCGGCGGCCCUCCUGCGCGAGCGCAACGACGCGCUCGCCGCCGUCGAGACCCGCGACACGGGCAAGCCCUUCUCCGAGACCGCCGCCGUCGACGUCGCCACGGGCGCCGACGUCCUCGCCUACUACGCCUCGCUCGUCGCCUCGGGCGGCCUCAACGGCGAGGCCUUCCGCCUGCGGCCGACCUGCCUCGUCACCACGCACAAGGAGGCCCUCGGCGUGUGCGCCGCCAUCGGCGCCUGGAACUACCCGCUGCAGAUCGCGCUGUGGAAGGCGGCGCCCUGCCUCGCGGCGGGCAACACGCUCGUCUACAAGCCGAGCGAGCACACGAGCCUGCACGCCGCGUACCUGGCCGCGCUGCUGCGCGAGGCGGGCCUGCCCGACGGCGCGUUCAACGUCGUCUACGGCGGCGGCGACGUGGGCGGGCGGCUGGCGACGCACGCCGACGUCGCCAAGGUCAGCUUCACGGGCCAGGUGAGCACGGGCCGGCGGGUCGCGGGCGCGGCGGCGGGCGAGCUCAAGGGCGUGACCAUGGAGCUCGGCGGCAAGAGCGCGCUGGUCGUGCUGCCCUGCGCCGACCCCGCGAGCGCCGCCGACGGCGCCAUGAUGGCCAACUUUUACAGCUCCGGGCAGGUGUGCACCAACGGCACGCGCGUCUUCGUCCCGCGGGCCAUGAGGGCCGCCUUUGAGCGCGAGCUGCUGGCCCGCAUGCGCCACGUCCGCGCCGGCGACCUGUUCGACCCGGCGACCAACUUCGGCCCGCUGAGCAGCAGGGCGCACUGGGACAAGGUGGCGGGCUACGUGCGGCACGGCGUGCAGGUCGACCGGGCGCGCGUGCUGUACGGCGGCGAGGCGGCGGCGCCCCCGGAGGGCGUGCCCGCGGGCCUCAGGGGCGGGUUCUGGAUGCAGCCGACCGUGUUCACCGACUGCGCCGACGACAUGAGGGUCGUGCGCGAGGAGAUCUUCGGCCCCGUCAUGACGGUGCUGUUCUACGACACGGUCGACGAGGCGGUGCGGCGGGCCAACGACACGCAGCUCGGGCUCGCGGCCGGCGUGUUCGGGCGCGACAUCGACGCCUGCCACACCGUCGUCGGCCGGCUCGAGGCCGGCAUCACCUGGAUCAACACGUGGGGCGAGUCGCCGGCCGAGAUGGCCGUCGGCGGGUGGAAGCAGAGCGGGCUGGGCGUCGAGAACGGGCGUCGGGGGCUCGAGGCGUGGGUCAGGAACAAGAGCACGCUGGUCGAGAUGGGCGGGAGCGUGCCGACUGUGUUUGCCAAGCUGUGA